UCUUGCGGUCUCACCCAACAGAACAGAAAAGGCCAUCUCUCUCUCUUGCCCCUUCCUCCCGUAUCAUUCCUUCAUUCAGUAACAGCCGACUGGUAUACUGUAGCCAAGCAGCAGUAGAGGCGAGUGAAGAAACGUCUCUCAAUGGCGGCGGCUGCGAGGAACUUACUACUCAAGCACCUGAGAGUGCAAGUUCAAACCUUGCCUUCGAACCCUAGCUCCACCGCCCCUCUCUUCCUAUCCCCCUUUGCCGCUAUCAGAUGCCGUCUCUUCUCCGAGGAGGUAAGGGGCACCUUCCUCGACAAGUCUGAGGUCACCGAUCGUGUCGUCUCCGUCGUCAAGAACUUCCAGAAGGUCGAUCCUUCCAAGGUUACACCAAAUGCUCAUUUUGAAAGUGAUCUGGGGUUAGAUAGUUUAGAUUCUGUGGAGAUUGUGAUGGCUUUGGAAGAGGAGUUUGGAUUUGAGAUCCCUGAUAAUGAAGCUGACAAGAUCAAGUCAAUUGGUCAAGCUGUGGACUUUAUUUCUUCUCACCCUCAGGCGAAGUAGGGGAAGGGCAUGAAGCUCCAUUGUUAAUUUUCUCCUGUUCACUGCAAGGAUUUAGCUGUUAGAACUCUUGGAUCCUCACGCCUUGUUUCCCUCCAUUUUAUAAAGGUGCCAUUUUGGGAUUCCUGCUCCUCCUAUUAAUGCUGUUUAAAGCAAGUGGUAUUUUUGGUAUGUUCAAAACUUGAAUGUUUCGGUUCCAGUUUUAUGGAAAGUGUGUUGAAAACAACUCUUUGAUUGUUUCAUUGAUGUUUUGUUCAAAUAAAUACAAUCCAGUUUAUUGCUUAACAAAA